UUUCUUAACGAUCUUUGUUGCGGAGUGAUUGGGGGCGGAGUCAAGAGGCCGCAUAAUCAAGAUGGCCACCUUCACUGCAAGGAUGGCGCCUCUCUUGGUAGUCGGGCUGGCUUUGUGCCUCAGCGGGACUUGGGCUGUGGACAAAGGCAAUUUCAAGACCUGUGAGCAGAGUGCUUUCUGCAAGCGUCAGCGAGCUUUGAAGCCUGGAGAGUCUCCUUAUCGAGCCCUGCUGGAGACCAUGGAGCUGACCAACACCAGACUCACCCUGCAGCUCAUCAAUGACAACAACAAGGUGCGUCUGUUGCUCGAGCUCUACCGCCUCCAGGGAAACAUAACGAGGGUGAAGAUUAACGAGCUUAAGCCUCUGAAACCUCGCUAUGAAGUCCCAGACGUGCUCAUCAGGGAGCCUACCACAGAGCCCCUAUCUGUGUUGUCUCAGGACGAGAAUGGUGUGGUGCUGUCCCUGGGGGUGGAGUCUCAGAGAGUCAUUAUUAGCGCCCGGCCCUUCCGACUGGACAUCAUGGAAGGAAGCGACGUGCUGAUGUCUCUGAACUCACGCGGCCUGCUGGCCUUUGAGCACCUGAGGAUGCGCAAGGACACUUUCUCCUAUAAAGUAACUAGCACAGUGGCUAGCGUGUGGGAUAAUAUCAAGAGGGUAUUCUCUAGUCAGGCAGACCCAGAGGCUGAGAAGAAGGAGGAGGCUGAUCCAGCAAACCAAGCAGAGACAACAAAGGAAGAGGAAGAGAAAGUAGAAGACGGGAUGUGGGAAGAAACAUUUAAAUCGCACACAGACAGCAAACCUAAUGGUCCAUCUGCUGUUAGUUUAGAUUUCUCACUGCCAGGAGUCGAGCAUGUUUAUGGUAUUCCAGAACAUGCAGACACUCUCAGACUCAAAACAACAGAUAAUGGAGAUCCGUAUCGACUCUAUAACCUGGAUGUGUUCCAGUAUGAACUGUAUAACCCUAUGGCCUUGUACGGGUCUGUCCCAGUGAUGGUAGCCCACAGUGCCCAGCGAACUACAGGCAUCUUCUGGCUUAAUGCUGCAGAGACCUGGGUGGAUAUUAGCUCCAAUACAGCUGGAAAGACUGUUUUUGGGAAAAUGCUAGAUUAUGUUCAGGGCUCCAGUGAGACACCACAGACAGAUGUGCGUUGGAUCUCUGAAAGCGGCAUCAUUGACGUCUUCAUUAUGCUGGGACCAACUCCUAAAGACGUCUUCUCUCAGUACGCCUCUCUUACAGGCACUCAGUCUUUCCCUCCCCUGGCUUCCCUGGGAUACCAUCAGUGCCGCUGGAAUUACAAUGACCAGGAGGACGUGAAGUCGGUCGAUGCCGGCUUUGACGAGCACGACAUCCCCUAUGACUUCAUCUGGCUUGAUAUCGAGCACACCGAUGGGAAGCGCUACUUCACCUGGGAUCCGCACAAGUUUGCGACCCCGAAGGAGAUGCUGCAGGGUCUCAUGGACAAGAAGCGCAAGAUGGUUGCUAUUGUGGACCCCCACAUUAAAGUAGACAGCAACUACAAGAUCCAUAAUGAAAUCCGCACUCUGGGUUUCUAUGUCAAGAAUAAAGAUGGUGGCGACUAUGAAGGCUGGUGCUGGCCUGGAAGUGCCAGUUAUCCAGACUUCACUCGUGCAGACAUGAGAGCCUGGUGGGCCAGCAUGUUUGCCUACGAUCAGUAUGAGGGCACCAUGGAGAACCUGUAUACAUGGAACGACAUGAAUGAGCCAUCAGUCUUCAAUGGGCCGGAGGUCACUAUGCACAAGGAUGCAAUGCAUGGAUCCUGGGAGCAUCGUGAUAUACACAACCUGUAUGGUUUAUAUGUGCAAAUGGCCACGGCGGAGGGUUUGAUCCAGCGGUCAGGAGGAGUUGAACGACCAUUUGUCCUGACCAGGGCCUUCUUCGCUGGGUCUCAGCGCAUCGGUGCUGUGUGGACAGGAGAUAAUGCUGCUGAGUGGGACCACCUGAAAAUAUCCAUCCCCAUGUGUUUGAGUAUGGGCCUGGUUGGAAUCUCUUUCUGUGGAGCUGACAUCGGUGGCUUCUUCAAGUCUCCCAGCACUGAACUGCUUGUGCGUUGGUACCAGGCGGGUGCUUACCAGCCAUUCUAUAGAGCCCAUGCCCAUCUGGACACGCCCCGCCGCGAGCCCUGGCUGUUUGGUCCAGAAAACACUGCACUGAUCCGUGAAGCCGUGCGCCAGCGCUACACCCUCCUGCCCUACUGGUACCAGCUGUUCUACCGCGCACAUGUGACGGGAGAGCCCGUCAUGAGACCUCUGUGGGUGGAGUAUCCUCAGGAUCUGGCUACUUUUGCUCUGGAAGACGAGUACUUAAUCGGACGAGACUUGCUGGUGCACCCAGUUGUUGAGGAGGGAGCCAGAGGAGUCACUGCCUACCUGCCCGGCAAAGAUGAGGUCUGGUUCGAUGUCCACACUUUCCAGAAACACAACGGAGCCCAAAACCUUUACAUUCCCGUCACCAUGAGCUCUAUCCCGGUUUUCCAGCGUGGCGGUUCCAUAAUUCCCAGGAAGCUUAGAGUCCGCAGGUCCUCCACCUGCAUGGAGCAUGACCCCUACACUCUCUAUGUGGCUCUUAAUCUCCAGAGAACUGCAGAUGGUGAGCUCUACAUAGACGAUGGCCAUACCUUCAACUAUGAAAAGAAGGAGUUCAUCUACAGGAAGCUUACCUUUGCCAACAAAGUCCUCUCUUCUGUUAACCUUGCUCCUGAUGCCAAGUUUACUACCGAUUCCUGGAUUGAACGUAUUAUCGUACUGGGAGCCAGUAAACCCAGCAAAGUUACCCUUAAGACUGCUGGUAAGUGCUUGAUAUGA